AUGCGUUACCUGAGCGAGUUUCUCAACUCAGCACAGCACCACAACAGAAGGGGGCUGGCGGUUCGCCUGGGACGUUGGGCAUGUCACCAGCAGGCCACGGGCACGGAUUCGAUGCCGGCAGGCCCGGGAUCCAGGAAUCCAAACAGCGUCGCGGCUCCACCGCCAGCGGGUUCCCCUGCAAAGACGGAUCAGGCUGCCAGCGGACCCAGCUCUGAUAAAUCUGCACUUGCUUCAUCCCCAGCUGCGGUGGGAGCUCAACAGAGCCCACCAGAUGGUGGUGGCAACGCUCAAACAGAAUCCUCAUCGAACAAGGCAGCGGUCACUCUAAAGGAGACCACUCCUAUUGAAGAAGAAAUUAAGAAAGAGGAGCCUGAUGCCACCCAAGUCUCGUCUACUACAACAAACCCCGAGGCUUCUGCUGCCGGAGACAAACAGCCCGAAGCGGAUGCCUGCACGACCUCCAAGACAGACGCGACCACCGCCACGAUGGCCGCUGCCCCUCUGCUGGUUGCAGCCCUGGCCAGCAUUUCUGUGCUCUGA